AUGAAUGGCACGGAGGGCCCGAACUUCUACGUGCCUUUCUCCAACAAGACGGGCGUGGUGCGCAGCCCCUUUGAGGCCCCACAGUACUACCUGGCCGAGCCGUGGCAGUUCUCCAUGCUGGCCGCCUACAUGUUCAUGCUGAUCGUGCUCGGCUUCCCCAUCAACUUCCUCACGCUCUACGUCACGGUCCAGCACAAGAAGCUGCGCACGCCCCUCAACUACAUCCUGCUGAACCUGGCCGUGGCCGACCUCUUCAUGGUCUUCGGGGGCUUCACCACGACCCUCUACACCUCUCUGCACGGAUACUUCAUCUUUGGGCCCACGGGCUGCAACCUGGAGGGCUUCUUUGCCACCCUGGGCGGUGAAAUCGCCCUGUGGUCCUUGGUGGUCCUGGCCAUCGAGCGGUACGUGGUGGUGUGCAAGCCCAUGAGCAACUUCCGCUUUGGGGAGAACCACGCCAUCAUGGGCGUUGCCCUCACCUGGGUCAUGGCCCUGGCCUGCGCCGCGCCCCCCCUUGUCGGCUGGUCCAGGUACAUCCCGGAAGGCAUGCAGUGCUCAUGUGGGAUUGACUACUACACGCUCAAGCCGGAGGUCAACAAUGAGUCGUUCGUCAUCUACAUGUUCGUGGUCCACUUCAUCAUCCCCCUGAUCAUCAUAUUCUUCUGCUAUGGGCAGCUGGUGUUCACCGUCAAGGAGGCGGCUGCCCAGCAACAGGAGUCGGCCACCACUCAGAAGGCCGAGAAGGAGGUCACCCGCAUGGUUAUCAUCAUGGUUAUCGCUUUCCUGAUCUGCUGGGUGCCCUACGCCGGGGUGGCGUUCUACAUCUUCACCCAUCAGGGCUCUGACUUCGGCCCCAUCUUCAUGACCCUCCCGGCUUUCUUUGCCAAGUCUGCCUCUGUCUACAACCCCGUCAUCUACAUCAUGAUGAACAAGCAGUUCCGGAACUGCAUGCUCACCACCCUCUGCUGUGGCAAGAACCCACUGGGUGACGACGAGGCCUCCACCACUGUCUCCAAGACAGAGACCAGCCAGGUGGCGCCUGCCUAA